CGAAUGAUCGGUCUGAGUACAUGGGGUAGAUCCCAGAGCGUAUGGAUCACCGGCAGUGUGUGGCUUUCAGUGCGCCUGCCCUGGCUGGACAACAUGGCGGAUGACAAGGGCACCCCAAAGUUAAAGGACCUUGUCUUUCUUAAAGAUCAGUUAGAAGGCCUGCAACGUAAACUGGAAAAUGAGGUGCAAGCUGGGGUAUCUCAGGAAGGCUCUUUCCUCAGCUCUCCAUUCCUAAAGGGGUUCCUGGCUGGCUAUAUCGUUUCCAAACUCAGAGCUUCUGCUGUGCUGGGCGUUGCAGUGGGAGCCUUCACAGGAAUUUAUGCUGCUCAGGCCUAUGCAGUACCAAACGUUGAGAAGACCAUCAAAGACUACCUUGGCUCUUUAAGAAAAGGGCCUGAUUAAGCCAGGAGGAAUAUGCUGACACUCCAUUAACUGCUCCUUCCAUGCUUUAAGUGCUUUCUUGGAACUAUAUUCCAUAUUGGGUACCUCCUAAUUGCAUACUGUGUCACUACGUGUGCAGUUGUUUAAACUGGAUCUGUAGUAGUAAUUGGCACAGCACAUCUGAUGGCACACCGUUAAGUUCUUUCUCUAAUUUUACUUUUCUAGAUUCAAUGCAAAUUGUAUUUUGGAUGAAACGUUACAGAGCAGUGCUGAAAAAGUGAUGAGAACAUUGCUAUUGGCACAUUUUGCACUCACUGGGGACAAUCAGCAAAUUGACUUAAACUGUUCAUGAGUUUUAAAUAACACAUCUAAAUCUCCGUAGUGUCAUCUCUAACUUUGUGGACAAAUAUUACAUAUAAACCUUUUUAGCACAUUACAUAUUAACCCCACACAGUACAGUCUGUAGCUUCCAGCGUAUAUAGCUUUUUUUUCCCUAACUUCAGUUGUGCAAAUAUACAUGAAUAAAUUAGAUUUGAUUCCA